GGGAAUUAUUUAUCCAUUGCACACAAAAACACUAUACCUAAAUGGCUUCAACCGACAAUCACUUGAAGCUUACAGUGCUCCUAUUGGGGUUGCUCUUCGUCACCUCUCUUCAUCUCACAGCUGGCCAGGUUGGCACUUUCUUCGGACGGCUGGGCACCAACUUGCCCGGCCCGGCCGCAACCGUGACCCUGUACCAACAGAAUAACAUCCGCAGGAUGCGUCUCUUCGACCCCCACGCCCCGACUCUCCGGGCCCUCAGCGGAACCAACAUCCGUCUCAUGAUGGGCGUAUCCCACUCCGACCUACGCGAUCUCGCCAACUGCCCCCAGGCGGCGACCGUCUGGGUCCGCCAAAACAUACUCCGCUUCCCGAACGUCACGUUCCGCUACAUCAUUGUCGGGAACGAGAUUGACCCCAAUUCUGAGCUGGGGCCGUUCGUGUUCCCGGCCAUGCAGAACGUGUACCGCGCGAUCCGCGCGGCCGGGCAGGGAGGCCGCGUCCAAGUCUCGACGUCCAUCCAGAUAAGCCUCCUGAGCCAGUGGAGCCCGCCUCAGGCGGCCGCGUUCAAGUGCAGCGUGAACUGGUUCAUCCGGCCGAUCCUCGAGUUCAUGAGGGACACCAGAGCCCCAAUGCAUAUCAACGUGUUCCCGUUCUACGCCUACCUCAACGACCGGAGGAACAUCAACCUCUCCUUCGCGCUUCUGCAGCCCAACAGCGGUGUCGUUCUCGGCGGCGUGUACUACGACAACCUCUUCUACGUGAUCCACGACGCCUUCAUUGCCUCCAUGACCAAGAUCCUUGCGGCAGCAUCGCCAUUAUCCCUUCAACAAACACCUGAAAUGAAGUCUGGGAUGAAGGUUUCGGGAACGACUGGUAUUUCGUCAGGUGGGAAACACGCGGCACCUCCACCGAAACCAAGCAUUCCAUUCGAGCGCAACACAACAGCGCUCAGCGAUGGACCGAUCAACACGGUUAACAACGCGAGAACCUACAUCAACAAUUUGAUGCGCGUGGUGAGGACUGGAACGCCAAUGAGGCCUGGCCAGCCGAUAGAGACGUUCAUAUUUGCUAUGUUCGAUGAGAACCUGAGGCCCGGCCCGGAGUACGAGAGGCAUUUCGGGAUCUUCCUUCCCAACAGCCAGCCAAAGUUCCCAUUCCGAUUCCGGUGAUUUGUUAAGCGUGUUUUUCCCUCUAUGGUUGUGGUGUGAAUUAGUUUGCAGUGUGUGUUUAGAUUGUAUCGUGAGUGCAACAGGAUAUCCAUAUCCUACUAUCA